AUGCCCUCGGCGUUCACCCAGCCCGACUUUCUGGCACUUUUUGUCCAAAUUAAGUGCGAAUCGGCAAGGCUGGCGCUGGACCAGUGUGGCCAGUUCCUCUCUCCCAUCCAGCCUGGGGAGAGCUGGAAAAGAGCCUUCACCCUCUGCGAGCUGGCAGGACCAUCGCUGGACCUGACCUGUGGGUUCGCUCCCUGGCUUGAUUUCUGCCCCAUCACCACCACCUCGCCUGGUGCUCCAGGCUUUUGGUGGAACCUGGCUCUGAUCUUCACCUCCUUGGCUGGGGUGCGGUGGGACAAGCCCCGGCUGGAGAGGUCCUGCCCUGGUGACCUGAACGUCUCCUACGGGAAGGACCUGAGAUACGUGUGUCGGGCUGGCCUGAUUCGGACAGACAGCAACGAGUUCUUCAUCGAGCCCCUGGAGAGGGGGCAGCAGGAGACGGAGGAGCACGGGAGGGCGCACGUGGUGUACCGCCGGUCGGCCAUCCGGCAGGACGGCGCAGAGCCCCUGCCCGGUGUGCAGGUGGGAGAUCUCCCCAACUCCCUGGAGCUGAUGACGGAGCGGCUGGGGGACGCGGAGCGCAAGAGGCGUCAUGCCAGGAAGGAUGACUACAACAUCGAGGUCUUGCUGGCAGUGGACGACUCGGUGGUACGCUUCCACGGGAAGGAGCACGUCCAGAACUACGUCCUCACCCUCAUGAACAUAGUGGAUGAAAUUUAUCAUGACGAGUCGCUGGGCAUUCACAUCAACAUCGUGCUGGUCAGGAUGAUCAUGGUGGGGUACCGCCAGUCAGUCAGCCUGAUAGAGCGAGGGAACCCAUCUCGGAGCUUGGAGCAGGUCUGCCGCUGGGCUCACUCGCAGCAGCGCUCUGACCCGGAGCACGCCGAGUACCACGACCACGCUGUAUUCCUCACCAGGCAAGAUUUUGGUCCCGCAGGCUACGCACCGGUGACGGGGAUGUGCCACCCGCUCCGCAGCUGCACCCUCAACCACGAAGACGGCUUCUCCUCGGCGUUUGUUGUCGCCCAUGAGACUGGCCACGUGUUAGGCAUGGAGCACGACGGCCAGGGCAACCGCUGCGCCGACGAGACCAGCAUGGGGAGCAUCAUGGCGCCGCUGGUCCAGGCCGCCUUCCACCGCUACCACUGGUCCCGCUGCAGCAAACAGGAGCUCAACCGCUACAUUCACUCCUAUGACUGCCUCCUGGAUGACCCCUUUGAGCACCAGUGGCCCACCUUACCCGAGCUGCCGGGCAUUAACUACUCCAUGGACGAGCAGUGCCGCUUCGACUUCGGCGUGGGCUACAAAACGUGCACGGCGUUCCGCACCUUCGACCCCUGCAAGCAGCUGUGGUGCAGCCACCCAGACAACCCCUACUUCUGCAAGACCAAGAAGGGACCACCCUUGGAUGGGACCGAAUGUUCUCCGGGCAAGUGGUGCUUCAAAGGUCACUGCAUCUGGAAGACAUCGGAGCAGCCCUACAGCCAGGAUGGCAGCUGGAGCUCCUGGUCCAAGUUUGGCUCCUGCUCCAGGACCUGCGGGGGAGGCGUGCGCUCUCGCAGCCGGAGCUGCGACAACCCACCCCCGGCGUAUGGCGGGCGCCAUUGCCCGGGAGCCACCUACGAGUACCAAGUGUGCAACGCCGAGGAGUGCCCAGGGCCCUACCAGGAUUUCCGUGCCCAGCAGUGCUCCAAGCGCAACUCCUACUACACCCACCAGAACAGCAAGCAUGCCUGGCUUCCCUACGAGCAUCACGACGAUGCUCAGAAGUGUGAGCUCAUUUGCCAGUCUGAGGGAACGGGGGACGUGGUGUUCAUGAAUCAGGUGGUUCACGACGGCACCCGGUGCAGCUACCGAGACCCCUACAGCAUCUGCGUCCGGGGCGAGUGCGUGCACGUCGGCUGUGACAAGGAGGUCGGCUCCCUGAAGCAGGAUGACAAGUGCGGGGUCUGCGGGGGGGACAACUCCCACUGCCGGACGGUGAAGGGCACGCUGGCCAAGACCCCCAAGCAGCCGGGUGUUUUGAAGAUGUUUGAGAUUCCGGCCGGGGCCAGGCACCUUCAGAUAGAAGAGGUGGAACCAGCAUCCCACACCAUCGCUGUUAAGAAUCAAGCCACGGGUAACUUCAUCCUUAACGCCAAGGGCAAAGAAGCCAAAAGCCAAGUGUUCAUUGAGAUGGGCUUGGAGUGGGAAUACACCGUUGAACAUGGCAAGGAGAGCCUGAAGACCAGCGGUCCUCUGCACGAGGCCAUCAGCGUUUUGGUCAUCCCUCAGGGGGAGGAGGUGAGGAGCAGCCUGAUGUACAGGUACAUCAUCCAUGAAGACCUGCUGCCCAUGAUCGGGAACAACAACGUCCUGCUUGAGGAGAUGGAUUCCUACGAGUGGGCCCUCAAGAGCUGGUCUCAGUGCUCCAAGGCGUGUGGAGGAGGCAUCCAGUACACCAAGUCCGGCUGCCGGCGGAAAAGCGACAACCGGAUGGUGCAUAGAAACUUCUGCGACAACGGCAAGAAGCCGAAGCCGAUCCGGCGGCGCUGUAACCUCCAGGAGUGCUCCCAACCAACCUGGGUGGCCGAGGAGUGGGGCGCCUGCAGCAAGUCCUGCGGCAAGCUGGGGGUGCAGGCGCGGGCGGUGCAGUGCGUGCAGCGCCUGCAGGACGGCACCAACCGCACUUUGCACACCAAGUACUGCCCCGGGCAGCGGCCCGAGACGCGCCGGCCAUGCAGCCGCCUGCCCUGUCCCGCACAGUGGAGGACGGGCGCCUGCCCCGGGGAGCGGGCCGGAGCCGCGCCGGCCAUGCAGCCGCCUGCCCUGUCCCGCACAGUGGAGGACGGGCGCCUGGUCGGAGUUUGCAAAGGCAGCGAGGGCGGCGGGCGCUGCGAGGGCGACAAGCCGGAGGCCGUCCAGGGCUGCCACGUGGCCCUCUGCCCGGGGAAGCUCUCCGGCAUCACCGCCAACACCGGUGACCACGGCACACCCAAAGGGCAGCGGGUGCCCCAGGAUGGACCCAAAAACCCCGUUAGCAAGAUCUCUUCCAGGGAGCCGUGCCUCGGGGACAAGUCUAUCUUCUGCCAGAUGGAGGUCCUGGCCCGCUACUGCUCCAUCCCCGGCUACAACAAG